UUGUCACACACACACACCGGAUCUCUAAAACAUGGCUGAGGAUAUAGUGCUCCUUGCUGCUGUUUCCAUUCUUUCUGCUUGUCAGCUGGCCUUCUAUGCAGCGCUUGUGGGCAAGUCAAGGAUGAAGCAUAAAGUAAUUCCCCCUGCGGUGACUGGCGCACCUGAAUUUGAGAGAACCUUGCGUGCCCAACAAAACUAUGUGGAGUUCAUGCCAAUAUUCUUGGUACUGCUGUGGACUGCCGGCUUUUACUUUCAUCAAGAAACAGCAGCAGUUUUUGGACUGCUAUACAUAAUAGCACGGCACAUCUACUUCAGAGGUUAUACUGGUUCUGUACAAGGCAGGGUUCCUGGAUUUUUGAUGUGUUUGGCAAUACUGUUUUUGCUGCUUCUUGUGGCAGUUGUUGGCAUUGCAGGCAGUUUUUUGAAGCAAUAUCUGGACCUGAACAUUUUUAAGAAAAUGCACAAGAUGAUAUAAUAAUUGGGAAGGUAUUGUAAAUGUUGGAAAGCAUUUGCACUGUGAAUAUCAUAUCAGUGUAUGCAUAUAAAUUCAUUUCAUAAUAACAUAUCCAAUUAUUGGCGAUCUGAGUUAAACAAGAUUUUACAACUGAUGUACAAUGUUAAAACACAAUCAU